AUGUGCGGACGGCGGCGCCCUGCCCUCUGCUGGCCGGCACGGGGACCGGGCAGCGUUCGGGUCCGAGCAGCCGCCUCCGCCACCCCGGCGCCCUCCGGAGCUCCUCGGCGGGGCUCCGGUGCCCGCGCCGCCAACGGCUCGGGGAUGUGGGCUCGGCGCCAAACGGGGAGGGGGCUCCGUCCCAGGCGUUCCCCUGGGGCGGCCGCCGGGGGCGGGGACGGGAAGCGGAAGCGCCGGGUGGCACCCGGCCGCUCUAGGACCUUGGAGGAGCUGCACGCUUCAUCUCAGCUUCCUACAUUGCCCGCCCCCUUGUUUGCCGCCCUCAACUUCCUGCCCCACCAGAGGAAGUGGGGAGAGACAGCAGGUGCAGCGACAGCUAUCGGGGCCAUGGACAAGGAGUAUGUGGGUUUCGCCGCCCUCCCCAACCAGCUGCAUCGCAAGUCCGUCAAGAAGGGGUUUGACUUCACACUCAUGGUGGCAGGGGAGUCAGGCCUGGGAAAAUCUACCCUCAUCAACAGCCUAUUUCUCACCAACCUCUAUGAGGAUCGGCAAGUCCCAGAGGCCAGGGCUCGCUUGACACAAACACUGACCAUCGAGCGCCGGGGCGUGGAGAUCGAGGAGGGGGGUAUUAAGGUGAAGCUGACCCUGGUGGACACACCUGGCUUUGGGGACUCAGUGGACUGUUCAGACUGCUGGCUGCCCGUGGUGCGCUUCAUUGAGGAGCAAUUUGAGCAGUAUCUUCGGGAUGAGAGUGGCCUGAACAGGAAGAACAUCCAGGAUUCCCGUGUCCACUGCUGCCUCUACUUCAUCUCACCCUUUGGCCGGGGGCUCCGGCCCCUAGAUGUGGCCUUCCUCCGGGCGGUGCAUGAGAAGGUCAACAUCAUCCCAGUCAUUGGCAAAGCAGAUGCCCUGAUGCCUAAGGAAACACAGGCCCUCAAGCAGAAGAUCCGGGAACAGUUGCAGGAGGAGGAGAUCAAUAUCUACCAGUUCCCUGAUUGUGACUCUGAUGAGGAUGAAGACUUCAAGAGGCAGGAUGCGGAGAUGAAGGAAAGCAUCCCUUUUGCUGUCGUCGGUUCCUGCGAAGUAGUGAGGGACGGCGGGACCCGACCGGUGAGGGGACGCUGCUACUCCUGGGGCACCGUGGAGGUGGAGAACCCACAUCACUGCGACUUCCUGAACCUGCGACGGAUGCUAGUGCAGACACACCUGCAGGACCUGAAGGAGGUGACGCAUGAUCUGCUCUAUGAGGGCUACCGGGCGCGCUGCCUACAGAGCCUGGCCCGGCCUGGGGCGCGUGAUCGAGCCAGCCGUAGCAAGCUCUCCCGCCAGAGCGCCACAGAGAUCCCGCUGCCCAUGCUGCCUCUGGCCGACACGGAGAAGUUGAUCCGCGAGAAAGACGAAGAGCUGCGCCGCAUGCAAGAGAUGCUGGAGAAGAUGCAGGCCCAGAUGCAGCAGAACCAGGCUCAGGGCGAGCAGUCGGACGCUCUCUGAGACCCCCGCCCGGACCCUACUUUACCUCGCCUCCGCCUUCAGUUCGUCUCUUGUCCAAUCCUCGAGCCCUAGGCUGCCCGGCGCUUAAUCCCGGAGCCCCAGCCUGUAAGGCCCGCCCUUGCAAGGGGUUAGCGGGCUAGCAGGUUCUCCCAAUCCUGGAGUGUGUAGCCCCGCCUUUGGCUCCGCCCCGACCCCGCCUUGGCUCCGCCCCAAUCCGCCUCGGCCCACCUAGCGAGCCAGAGCUUC